AUGGCAUUUUUGUGGAUUUUGUCCUGCCUUGCCCUGCUAGGGGGUACCUACGGUUGUGGUGUGCCAAGCAUUAAGCCCAUCAUUUCUGGUUAUGCCAGGGUUGUGAAUGGUGAAAAUGCAGUUUCUGGUUCAUGGCCAUGGCAGGUGUCUCUGCAGGACUACACUGGAUUCCACUUCUGUGGUGGUUCUCUGAUCAACAGUCUCUGGGUGGUCACUGCUGCCCACUGCGGUGUCACAACCUCCCACCGUGUAAUUCUGGGUGAAUUUGACCGUUCCUCCUCUGCUGAGGCUAUUCAAACCAAGACCAUUUCCAGGGUCUUCAGACACCCCAGCUACAACUCCUUUACCAUUGCAAAUGAUAUCACUCUCCUGAAGCUCACCAGUGCUGCUACAUUCAACAGCCGGGUCUCCCCUGUGUGCGUUGCUGCUAGCGUUGAUGUAUUCAAUGGAGGAGAGAGAUGUGUUACUACUGGAUGGGGCUAUCUUUGUCUUUUAGCACAAACUACUCCAAGCAAACUGCAGCAGGUCGCUCUGCCUCUUCUGACCAACACAGACUGUCAGAGACACUGGGGAUCCAAAAUCCUUAGCACCAUGGUCUGCGCUGGAGCAUCUGGGGCCUCCUCCUGCAUGGGUGACUCUGGUGGACCUCUUGUAUGCCAGAGAAAUGGGGCUUGGACCUUGGCUGGCAUUGUGUCCUGGGGAAGCUCUACCUGCUCUACCUCAAGUCCUGGAGUUUAUGCUAGAGUUACAGCUCUCAGAUCCUGGUUGGACCAGACUGUUGCAGCUAACUAA